CGUUGCCAUGGCGGCGGCGUCGGGAGGGCGGGAGGAAGGAGGGAGCAUGGCCGCCCUGGCCCGGCUGCAGGAGAGGCUAUCGGAGCUGCGAGAGGAGUAUUUCCUUGCGAACAGAUCUAUAGAUGAAGACAGAAAAAUAAAAUACAGAGCUGCUGUCAAAAUCCAGAGCUGGUUUCGAGGAUGGAGGGUCCGAGCCUAUCUGAGACAUCUGAAUGCAAUGGUGAUUUUGAUACAGAAGUGGUGGAGAGGAUAUCGAUGCAGAAAACACUUCAGAAAAAUGCUGGAGACAGCAUAUUUUAUUAUGAAGAUGAAUUUCUACAAUGAAAUGGCUGUCAGGAUCCAGAAAAGGUGGCGAGGCUAUUACGUUCGGAAAUACAUCCAUAAUUAUUAUGCCCUGAAGAAAUACUUGCAAGCUGUUUCUGUGAAUAACGCAUUUGUCAGGAGUGAACUUCAAGAGUACGUAGAAAUGAAGGAAAAUGAAGAGAAAAUGAAAGACCUAGAAAAGAAAGAAAAGGAAAAGAAAUACCAAGCCCGAAAGAUGCAUUACCUCCUUAGCACUGAGCAGAUUGCAGGCAUCUACAAUUCGCCAUUCAGAAAAUCCCCAGACCCAAUGGAACUGCUGCUACGGAAUUCAAAGCCACUGAGCCACAGAAGGAAGCAAGUGAAGAGUCCCUUUGCCUAUGAGCUCUAUGACUGGCCAACUUGUAAGAAGCCCCCAGCUUUCGUCACAGCACUGCCUCUGCCACCUAUUGGCAGACAGAAACCUCAGGGGCCUUUCCGCGAUACCGCUGAAGUAUUGUGGCAGCGCUACAAGCCUUUGGAACCAACCUUGCGAGUGGCAGAAUCAAUCAAUUCACCACUGGAGAAGGCCAGAGAGGGAAUAAAAAGGGAGGAAUGGAGAAAUCCUAUACAUGACAAUGAAUUCCUGCCAUUUUCUUCAUAUCAUAAAAAUGAGGAUGAGAAGUAUGAGCCAUCACUUUGUAAGUCAGGCAAAUAUGUCCGAGAAGCUUAUGGAACCAAACAUUUCAGAGAAGUAUAUCCUAAUAAGUGGAUAGCAGACAAGGACUUUCGAACAGUGGUACCAUCUAUUUUUCUCUUCGAAAAGUUUGGAAAAACUUACUCCCGCGCUGGGCAAAUAGUGUAGUUGUCCUGGAAACUACACAAGGCGCCUGAAAAGUAAUCAAUAAAUG